GUUGCGGACGGGGACCUUUGUUUCCGCUUGCGCCUCGCGGUGAGCAGCGCAGCGCCGGUCACGGAAACGCCCUGCAGUGCGUUCGACUUACGCUGGCGUGGCCGGUCUACAUUUCCCCUCUUUCUUUGUUUCUUCGCUUUUGGAUUCGUUGAGCGACCGCGCGAUACCGUCUCGGCGUGUACGUUACCUCAGCCGAACCGCCAAAAAGAACGCGUGCUCGCUGCUCGUGCAGCGAUCUGGCUGCGCAUAUAAAAGGGAUCCACCGUAAACUGAGAGGCAAAGGUAUCGAAUCUCGAAGGUAGGAGCAGCAGCCGCCCAAGCAGCCGCAACAGCCGAAGCCAUGAACGCCCUGAGCAUCGCCCUCGUUCUCUGUGCCGCUCUGGCCAGUGCUAUGGCUGGCGGAGUGCUUGGCGGAUAUGGCCUCGGCUACGGUCUUGGAGGCUACGGACUUGGUUAUGGCGGCUACGGUCUCGGAUAUGGCGGUGGAUACGGCUUGAGCGGGGUCGGUGUCGGUAGUAGCGUUGCCCUCCUGAGCGGAGGACCUGCGUUCGCCAAGGCCGUGGCGGGGCCGGCCUUCCUGGUGAGGACAGUGCACCACGUCAACAAGGUCAGCGGAGGGGGAGCCCUCCUCGCCCACUCUGGUCUUGGAGGAGGUGGAUAUGGAGCUGGCUACGGCGGCCUCGGCUACGGGGGCCUCGGCUACGGAGGCCUCGGCUAUGGUGGUCUCGGAUACGGCGGCUACGGCUACAAGGGCUGAUUGCGAUACAUUUGCUCGCGACCCAUUUCCUAGGGUAUUUGUGUAAAUGCGUCCUAAAAUACAUACGCUGUUUUACUGUCCGCGGUAACUUCAUGACCACAAGUUGCCCAAGUGUGAAGUGUUUAUAAAGCGUUCCAUGCCAGGACUGGUUACGCAACGAUGACGUGGCUUGCACUGAUGACACUAAUUCACUUGAAGUAGUGUUUGCAACAACUUCGGCGUCGUUUGUGAUUAUUGCUAAUGCGCUCAAAGGUGGCGAGUGCGUACGCUACAUGGAAUAUUAUUCGAACACAUCCCAUGGUAGUAAUAGCGAGUGAUCAGAAAAAUAUUCUCGUCGCACAAAAAGCGCUUAUUACACCGGACACCCAAUAGACGACGUUAUUAUUGGGUGUUCUUAUUUUUCUUCACUCGAUUCCACGAACUAUAACAUGGUUAUUGCAAAGCUAUGGGUGAAAAUCGAAAAGCAUAAGCAUCAAGGAGAAAAAUUAUCACCUUCGACAUGCUGUUGCACAGUGCUUUCAUGAAUCGAAAUAAAUGUCCGUCCUACUUCAA